GCGGGGAGGGACCGGGCGGGGCCGGGGCGGCUCCGCUCCUUAUAGCGGGGACGGACGGACCGACGGACGGACGGACGGACGGACAGCGGCACCAUGGCCAUCCCCUGCGUGGAGCUCAGCAACAAGAUGAAGAUCCCCGCCCUGGGGCUGGGCACCUGGCAGGCUCCCCCGGGAAAGGUGGAGGAGGUGGUGAAGUUCGCUAUUGACGCUGGCUACCGCCACUUCGACUGCGCCUACUUCUACCAGAACGAGAACGAGAUAGGGAACGCGGUCCAGCAGAAGAUCAAGGAGGGGGUGGUGAAACGGGAAGACCUCUUCAUUGUCACUAAGCUGUGGAACACGUUCCAUGAGAAGCCCAUGGUUAAGGUGGGGCUCAAGAAGAGCCUUGCUGCACUCCAGCUGGACUACCUCGACCUCUACCUGAUGCACUUCCCCAUGGGAUUCAAGGCUGGUGAAGAGCUGCAUCCUCUGGAUGACAAAGGCCACAGUAUUCCCAGCGACACAGAUUUUCUGGACACGUGGGAGGCCAUGGAAGAGCUGGUGGAUGCUGGUCUGGUAAAAGCCAUUGGUGUCUCCAACUUUAAUCAUGAGCAGAUUGAAAGAAUCCUGAACAAGCCAGGACUGAAGUACAAGCCUGUAAUGAACCAGGUGGAGUGCCAUCCAUACCUGACCCAGGAGAAGUUGGUCAAGUACUGUAAAUCCAAAGGGAUUGCUGUGACUGCAUACAGCCCCCUGGGCUCUCCUAACCGCCCCUGGGCUAAGCCAGGGGAACCCACACUGAUGGAGGAUCCCAAGAUCAAAGAAAUUGCAGCUAGACAUCAUAAAAGCCCUGCCCAGGUCCUGCUCCGCUUUCUGAUCCAAAGAGACAUCAUUGUCAUUCCCAAAUCUGACAAACCACACCGUGUGGAGGAGAACAUGAAGGUGUUUGACUUUGAACUGUCUAAAAAGGAGAUGGAUGUCAUCCUCACCUUUAACAGGAACUGGAGGGCAGUUCCAGUGGUCCAAGCUGUCAACCACAAGGACUACCCAUUCAAAGCAGAGUAUUAAAUCAAGAUCUCCACUCACCUCCUUCCAGAUUAGAUGUACUCUGCAGCUCAAUCUUCAUUUCUUCUUCUGUAAUUGAUAAUCAUUAUGAGCAGCCACCUUUUUUUUUUUUUCUCCUUUUUUUAAGGAGACCACUAACUGAUGUAAGAAUGCUGCAACAAGGGCUGGGUUUUUGCAAAGAUGCUUAGGAGAAAUCUGGUUUUGAUUAGUAGUAAAAAGACAAUGCCUUUUCAUUUCCUUUUUUUUUUUUUUCUGGUGUUCCUUAAUUAGAGACAUGUUUAACAAAAAACUAGUGACUUCCAUGGGGUUUUUUUAAUGUUACUUCCAGUGUGGUCAGUCAUGAGUCACUGUCAAAGAAUGCUUUAAUUACCUUGCUUUUUAUAUACUUGUGAUUUUUACAGAGUGUAUUUCUAAUGCUUUAAAAUUUUAUAUGAAUAAAAUUUUAUUAACAACAAAAGUCGAUCAGUGUAGUCCUUAAAUUGUUUUAUAUAGUUUGGCAUGUUCUUCUAAAGUCUGAAAACAGCAUCAUGGGCAGGGACAACUCACAGCAAAACCCAGCCCUGCCUCCAACACCAGACUGGGAGUCUCCAACAUAAAAUUAGAUUUUUGCAACUCUGUUGGCAGCAUCCAGAGUAUUACACUCAGACACAGGCUGGCUUUACCUAAGGAAAGCAGGGAAAAAACUCUUCUCCAAAAUCACCAAAGCAAACCCCGAGACAGCCUCACAGAUAAUUGCUCUAAAAUAUUUUCAGAUAGAUUUUGCCAGGCCAAAGCCAAGCUGGUUUGUGGCAUUCAGGAGAGAUAUCCUUAGGGGUUCUUCACCUUAUCUCAGAGAUAUCACAAUUCCUAUCCCACCUACAACAACUGGUCCAUUGCUACUCAUGAACAAACAGCUGGCUGCUGAUGGAAAUAUUCCAUUUAUUGCAGAUGCAGUUCCAGAGUACAUUGUUUGAACAAAUGAUUUUUAUUGCAGCUAUCAGAUAUAUUUGAAAGACUCAGAGGAGUGUUUACAAAACUCCCAAACAAACAAAAAAAAAAAAAAAAAAAAAAAAAGAAACAAAA